UUUGAUUCCCAAAUUACAACCGAUAUAAUGAUUCAGGCGGCGGCGAUGCGGCGGAGCUCCUUCUUUUCCUUGAGUUCUCAGCUUCAGCAAUGCAGGGGCAUCCGAGUCAAGGUUAUAAACAGCAAUUUAGAUCAGGCUCUGAGCUUAAUGCAGCGGAAGAUGCAGUCCAGCGGCAUCGAGCGAAUGAUAAAGCAGGAACAGCUCACCCAUGUUAAAAAUUCCGAGAAGCGCGUUUUGGCCAAGAAGAAUUUGGAGCGCAAGAUUCGUGCACAGGAUCUCGCCCGCAAGCUCAAGACGAUUCUCGUUCAGAAAGUCAGGGGUCUAUAAGAUUAGCUUGAAGGGGUUAUGUGGAAACCAUUUACAUCUGCCACUUAUAGGUAGUUGAAUUUCCAGUGGUUUCUUGAGGUAAUUUUUUGUGUACAUUGCCUGGGGGGCAGGACCUCAACUCUUGAUGGCAAAACUCCCACCAAUAAAUCAGUCUUCCAAUGCCAAAUAUUUUGAUGUAUGCAAAUUAUCUGGUGGACCUUAAAAUUUACUGGAAUUUGUAGAGGGGAAUGUUUUACGUUAA